UAUCCAACCCCCACAGCUGCUAGCGCGAUCGAGCACAGGUGUGCAGCCCCAUCGAUCGCCACGAAACCCUAGCCAACUCACCACCAACCCGUCGGGUCGAUCUCGAUCCAUGGGCAAUGGCUGCCUCCUGGUGCCGUGCUUCUGCGCGGCGGUCCUGUCGCGGCGGCGGCGCACGGCGCGGCUGGUGCUGUGGGGCGGGGAGGCGCGGGCGGCCCGGCACGGGAAGCUGGCGGGCCAGGUGAUGCUGGACUUCGCGGGCACCGUCGUGUGCCGCGCCGACGGGUUCUACCUGGGCCGCCCCGCGCCGGUGCUGGCCAUCGAGGACCGGCUCGCCGCUGGCAAGACCUACCUCGUGCUCCCCGUCGACCGCCUGCCGCAGGGCUACGACGCGCUCACGGCGGCCUCCCUCGCUGCGCUGUCCUACGACCGGGGCCAGGGGGCGUCCAUCGCGGGGGGAGCCAAGAGCCCGUUCGAGUACGUCAAGGGCGAUGAUGGGCGCACGGUGAUCAAGGUCACGCUGGAGUUCAUCGUCGGGAACAUCACCCCGAGGGCGGGAUGCAGAGAGAGAGGCGGGGAGGAGGGGUGCGCCGGGGCGCUGUGCAGCACGCCGGAGCUGAGGAAGCACUACGAGCAGCUGGUGGGCUCGGCGAGGGGGGCGCGGGCGUGGUCGCCGCGGCUGGACACGAUCAAGGAGCGCAAGGGGAGGAAGGGCUUGGCGUUCGCGGCGGCCGUCAGCCCCGGGAGGCUGUCGCCGGUGGCCGUGCGGCUCCUGGGCCUCGACGCCAAAGGAGGAAGACAGUAGCAAGCGACCUAUCUGGGCAGGUUCCACGCUUGAUUGCGAUCGCGAUCAUAUCGAACUUCAAGCAUGCUAGCUACUUCAUUAUUCGUUCAAGAAAUUGGAUUUGGAGGAAGCAAGCGAUCAUCUAUUGGAGAUGGAUUAGUUUUGUGAGUAGCACCUAGGCGUUUCAUUUGACGAUUUGUGUAGAUCACUUAAUCUUCUAUGCUUUGCCGGAGGAAAUUGUAUAGAUCUCGAUCGAUCUCAA